AUGGGCUACGCAGGGUACGUGCCGGCAAAGCUGCCCCCCUCCAGCCUCACUCCCGUCCAAACCGCACUCUUCCUCGUCUCCUCCGUCUCCUCGCUGGAGCUGAUAGAGAAGCUAGUGUACAACGCUGUGGUAUCGCCCCAGGAACCAAAAUUCAAGAAGGUGCGACUGGGCAAUCCCCGCAUCAAGGCCGCCAUCAUCGACACGCCCGCUGCGCUAGAGGCCAUGCUGGCCAUGGGUUGGCAGCAGGCCCAGGAGGGAGAGGAAUCGGUGCUCCUGCUCUCAAAAUCUUUGUCCAUGGCAGUGGUGCAUGAUGUUCAGGAGGCCGCCUCGCGCGCAAAGAAGGCGGCGCAGGAGGCCCAGCGCACCGCGCAGCGAGCGGCUGCCGCCAAGCCAGCUGCGCUGCCGGGGUCUGACAGCCGGGAGAGCCUGCGGGCCAUGCUGGAGGCCGACCGCCGGGAAAGGGCGGCGCGAGGUCCGGUCAGCGUCGGCAGCGUCGCCCAGCCGCUGCCCAGCGCCGGAGGCGGCGGCCCUGCCCGCAUCCGGACGGCAGGGGAGGCCGGACUCAACUCGGGCUGA